GGCCGGCGGGUUGGCCCCUCCAGCUUACCGGGAUCUGUUGUGGAGCGUUGCUGGGACACGCGCGCCCGAAGGGUAACGGCAGUCUCGAGUGGCGGCGGGCGCGAGGAGAGGGCCCGGAGGCAGCAGGGGUGCCCGCCCUGACUGCGGGUCUCCGGGCGGACGCCUCCGGCCGCCGGUUCUCUCGGUGGUUCCGCCAAGCUCACCGGAAAACGCCUCGUGCUCCGUGGCUCGGGGUGAAACUUCGUGGGGGGCGGCCGAGCAGGGCCCGGCGCAGUGCGCGGCAUGGAGCUGGCCGUCAGGGAGCGGCUCUUCGCGGCCGAGAGAUGCCGAGAUGUUCAGGCUUUGAAGGAUGCUUAUGAGCUGAUCAAAUCAGCCAGUCAAGGGAGAUUUGCAGUUGACUCAUCUGAUAACUUCAGCACUGACUUGUAUGUUUUAUGUGCUGAACAAGCAUUUCAGCUGGGGUGUCUGGAAAUGAGCAGAGACUGUCUAGAAAUGUAUUUUAAAGGGAGAUUUCCUGUGAACCAGUUUCUUGGCAGAGCAUAUUUGUGCCAAGGCCAGUUGUACACUCCACUGUCUACAGAUAAUUUGGAAGCGUUUGAAAAGUUUGUGCAGCUUUUUAUGAAGGCAAUAGAUUUUGCCACCCAUGAUCAAAGAUACUAUUUUUUGAUAUAUAAUGCCUCAGUUCUUUAUUGGAAACUUGUAAGGCCGUAUCUUAAGCCUGGAUUCCGCUAUUGCCUUAUUCCUAGCCUUUCUCAGAUUGUUCAAGUUUUAAACCAAACUGAAGAGCAAGACCAUGAAUGGAGAGCAGAACUCAUGAUGAUUCCUUUGAUUCUGGAAUUAGGCCGGUUUUCUUUGAAAGCAAACUACAUUAAGCUUGCAUAUGAUUGUAUACUUGAUUUGAAGAGAGCUGGGAUUACUGAGCAACGGAAACUUAUUGAAAUAGAAUGCCUGGAAUGUGAAUAUGAAGCAAAAACACUUGCCACUAAAAUUGUGACUUAUACCCAAGGAGUCGUUAAGGCUCAGCUGGAAUUGAUAAAAAAUCUUGAGUUAACUUUAAAACAUGCAGUUCGAUUGGGUGAUCCUGAUGUGAUCCAGGUUGUUUGUACAACCCAGUGGAACCUGUGCUUACCACUACUACAGCACAAUUUGCAUCAAUGUGUACGAAAGCCAUUGAUAUCAGUUGCUGAUGUCCUUGAAGAGAUUGACAGCGUGUUGGUUUUGUUGCGUUGCCAAGUUCAUAUGGAAGUAGCUCGUAUUGAAGAAGAUGGGGACAGAAUAGAGGCUGCUGUGGAACAUUUGCAAAAAGCUAUACAUCUAAACAACUGUGGGCAGUAUCAAGAACAUCUAAGACUGGCUUUUAACCGUCUUCGUGUGUACAGUAUGCUGUAUAAGUCACCUGAGCGUCUAGAGGAUCGGGCAGUAAUGAUGAUUGAACAGGUUAAAAGGGGAAAGCAGAAAGAUAAUGCAAGACAAAAGAGAUCCCUGCUUAUAAAUGCAGGUCUUGCACUAGCUCCUGAUUCAUUUCAGAUAGUGCUUGACAGUGAAAAUGAAGCUAAAGUUUCCUCAGGUGAAAGUAGGAGUCAGAUAAGCUACCUCUGUGCUAAAGCACAACAUCAUAUUAAAAGUGUGGAGAAAGUUGAUGAACAUUUGAAACACCUGAGAAGUGGAAAUGACAGAGAGAGAAUUAGACUUUGGGCAGAUUUGGCAAAAGUUGCACGUAAGCAAGAAGUGUGGGAUGUCUGCCGUGCAGCGUGCAGAUUCUGUCUCUGGUAUGAUGAUACUUUGUUUAGGAAGGUAGCAAAGCCUAAUAAAAAAAUUUUAGCACAGAAGAAGAAAGCUACUACAGCUGUGCUGGAUGAUGGUCAAGGUGACAGCUUACCAGUAGAAUCAUUACUAGCUACUAAAUCCUUCUCUUUUGAAAGAGAUUUACUAAGAAUAUUAGCAGAAAUAAGAUUCAUUAAUGCAGAGGCAACUGUUCAUUUAUUAAGAUUGCAGGGAACUGAGCUGAAUGAUCAUGCUGUACCUCCAGAAGAUGCAAGUCAGUGUCAUCCAGAAUAUGUUUCAUAUCUGUCUGAAAGUGAUCCAGAAUGGAAAACAUACAGCUUAUGGAUAGACUGCUUAUCUCAGUAUGCUAUGGAAAACUUCCAACGUGCAGCUGAAAUAGGAGAAGAAUUGAAUGAAGAUUGGAUUGUUCACAAUGCUGUGGUGUAUAUCUUAAACUACAAUAGACAUCUUAUCUCUUCAGGAAGACAGAGGGAAAUUGUUGAGUACCUGCACACUCUUCUUGGAGCCAUCAAGACUGUUGGGCACAAUGGAAGUGCUGAGAUUUUAUUGAUGUUAUGUAAUGCUUUGGCUCGAGGCUUAAUUCUUUGUUGGAUUCCAAAUCCAAAACUUGGUGAGAUGAUAAAAAAAGAUGCAGCAGACAAAAGCAGAAGAGCUUCAGUAAAGAAACAUGAAAAAGCAAAUAUCAUCCAGUCUUCUUUAGUAGAUCCCAGUGGACUUACUGAUAUCAAAGCUGCCUUAGAGAUUUGUGAAUUUGCCCUAAAUGUGAUAACUGGAAUGGCACCUAAUGAAACAGUACCUAUUGCGGCUCAACAGCAGAUCAUUGCUACGUGGGUGAAAGCCAAACAGUUAAAUCAGCAGCAGAUUGGACAUAAACUUGGGCCAGAGGAGGAGAACAAUGAUGAAGCACAAAAUCCUAUGACAAGAAUUCUUGUUGGUCUAGAAAUGUAUUCGUGUAAUGGCCUGGGUCUCAUGGAUUUCACUGUUCCUAGCUUACCUCAGUUAGUGAAAUUGGCUUUGGAAUGCAGUUGGUCAGAUUCCUUGGUGGAACUGCAGGUAAUGGCACGAUUUACAUAUUUUGCGUAUGUGUCACAUGACUAUGAAACAGUGAUGGCUUGUUCCAAAAGGAUCUUGCAGUCAGAUGAGAACUUCUUCCAUGACAGAGAUGCUAAGAAAUGUGACAUGCCUGGUAACAGAAUGAGACAAGAAAUGUUGAGCACUACUGCCUGUAUACAAGGGAAGAGUAUCAUGGAAAAUUUGCCCGGAAGAAAACAUUUGCAUGUAGCAGCAUCAAAAGCCUUUGUUCAGAGUGCCUGGCACGCAGGUGAAGCCGGAAAUUAUUCCCUUGUAAUGUUUGCAGCUAGACACUUCUGGAAUGCAUGUUUACAUUUGCUAGGUUCUCCACGUUACAGAAAGCAGCUUAAAGAACCUACUGAAAUAAUUCUGAAGAGUAUAAUUGAAGCAGAAUCUAAAAAUAAACAGGAGAAGAAGGAAAUGUUGCCUUUGCACCAGUGGAGUACAAAGGAUUUUCAAAAUAUUGGGUUGUCAGCUGGAUGCUUUCUCCCAGGAGCUGAGGAAGACCUGACAUUAAGAACCUCCCUAUAUGGGUUGUUAUUCCACAUACAUGCUGAUAAAGCUGAUUGGGAGACAGCAGUAAAAGUCCUGGGUGAAGCUGUUCAAGUUUUGCCUCAGACAAGACACAGGCUCCUGCUUUUGAAACACAUGGUUACAGUGAAGGCACGAUUGGGAUGCAAUUUUAUGAUGGAUAUUCAGAAAUUCAGAGAUGAAAGUGAAGAUUACUUGUCACAUAUGUGGCGUCACUUGGCAACAGCCUCUAGAAGUGCUGUUGGACAGUUAAGCUGUUUUCAAAAUGGAGUCACUGUUUUACAGAAACAAGAAAAUGAAUGGCAGAAAGUUGAUUAUCUGAUGGAGUUUGCUGAAUGGUUGUACCAUAACCAGUUUCCCCAUGAUGAUGUUAUUAAACCUCUUGACUGGGUUGUAGAUCUUUUGUUACGUAUGAAAUUUCCUAUGCAAUCCUCACAAGAAGAAGAAAAUUUGAAGACAGACAUUGGAGCAAAUGAUACCAUGCCCCAAAUUAAUUUGGAAGAUCUGAGUGAUAUUAAAGAAUUGGAAGCUUUGUUUAGAGCACAGACAUUAAUAGCUUUAAUUUCUGGUCAUAGUUCUCCUUUUCAUCAGCAGCACUGUUUGAUGGCAUAUGCUUGUAUCAUCCGUAUCUGGCAGGUAUCGUUGUCAGCAUCAGGUCCUAUUACAAAAGUAUUAUCAAAGUCUUCCCCACUUACAGCUCCUCAGAAGGUGCAGUCUGUAAUUGCUCCUAAAAAAGAGAAGGACAACAAGAAACAUGUUGAAAUUUCUGGAAAAGAGAAGCCUAAAGGGAAGGGGUCAGUUCAUACCUUACCAGCAAACGUAGAAGAAUGGGCUUAUUAUGACUGUCCCAAUGAAAUUAGAGAUAUUUUUAAACAGAAAACAAAUUGUUACGGUAUUAACUGGCAUAAUUUCCCCAAACCUACUUGCACUUUGUAUUUUAUGGACCUUUUAUCUAAAGAACUACAGAAAAUUUUUUGCCCCCACUUCAUUCUUCCCAUCUUGCAGCUAGCUGAAGUUAUUGCUAAUGAAGUUGUGGAAUGUCGAAGUCUGUCUGAUCUCUAUCACCUUCGAAUUGCCCUGAUCUGUUCAGACCUAAAACUGAAUCAGGCAUCUUUGCAUCAUGAGAAAGCAGCUGGAGAAGCCUACAUUAGUGAAUUAGAACAGGCAAUGUGUAGGCAAGAAAUUGCACUGAAAAAAGAAAAAAAAUUACAUACUAUGACAGAAGACAAAGAAACAUUUUUUGAAAAUACUCAGCAGAAUGGUACCAGGGAUGAGAAUACCCUUACUUCAAGUGAAAAGGUUUUUGAGUUAAAUGAAGCAACAGGGAAAGGACUGAGUGCACUUUCUUUCCCUUAUUUGUGGAUAGAAAAAGCUGAAGUAUUAAUCCAGCUAGGCUUGUAUCAACCAGCAAGACUUCUGCUAUCAGAGGCCCAUGCUGCAACACAGGAAUUGGGGGCCCUAUAUGAUGUGUCAAGGUGCUUGUACUUACUUGCUGUAUUGGCUAACCUGGAAAGAAACCACGGACAAGCUAAAGCACUCCUGGAAAAAGCACAGCUUCUAGGAGGAGAUGAACGGUUUUGGUACAACAGUACUCUUAGUCUAAUAGAAGCAAUUCUAGAAGAAGAUAGGGAAGGAAAACAAAGCAUGGCUUGUGAGAUACUGGAACACACUGUAAAUGUACUCAGAUCUACUUUACUGAAGAGACCUAACAGACAAUCAGAGUUGGGUUUUAUAAUUACUUCCCUUGAAGCCAGGAAAACACUUAUUGAGAUACAUUGUGCCCAAGAUAGUAUGACAAUUAAUGAUAAGUCUUGUCAGCUGCCACAUACGCUACAGGAAUCUUACAGGAAAUUAGUUCAAAUUGCAAAGGACUUUAGUCAUUAUGGGCAUAAAGUUUGCAGUGCUGAGAUACUGCUACAGUGUGCAAAUAUUCACAGGAUGAUUGCCAAGGAGGAAAGAAACGAACUAAAAAUACAUAGUCACUAUCUAGAUGCUUACAACCUAGCUCAGAGGGCAGUAUCCAGAACUGAGGAAGUGUUUCAGAAUGUUUGGAGCUUAUUUGCAAUUCAUGAGACUACCAAUAUUAGUAUCCCAUUAAUGAGGCAACUAGCGAACAGGAAAAUAAAUCUUGUAGAGAUUCUUUUGGAUAUUUUUCAUCUUGUUAUUACUAAGAAAAGGCUUAAAAAAGUGGAAGAAGCAUCACCCCAUGAAAUAGUGGAGGCGUUCAUCAGGGCAACUAGUGAAGAUGAUCCAAUAGAACAGGACUGGAAGCGUAUGGAAGGCGCUGUGGGUCAUAUUGCACUGGCUCAGCUAGCAAACGUGCAGAAUCUUUGUAAAGGCUGUCCUGACAUCAAAUCCAAAUGCCUUUAUCUCAUUGGAAAAACUCUUCGUUUACUUGCCAUUAGUAUAGAUCCUGUGCAGUCAGAGAUUUACUGGAAGCCGAAUGUUAUGGAAGAAGCUAAAUCAGACAUGGCAAAAACUUCCCUGACUUCAGCAGAGUGCAGUGAACAGGAAGUGACUGACAGCGCUUUAGCAACUAAUGAAUGUCAGUAUGACAAGUAUAGGAAGAAAAUGCCGAAGUUAAAGAAGGAACAUAGGUUGGCUCAGAAAUAUCUUUCUCAGUCCGGUGAAGCUUUGCUACAGUGUAUGGGUAUUGCAUUCAAUCAUGAUAUUACUGAUAUAUUGGCUACUGCUAGUUUUGAAAUGGUUGAAUGCUUUCAGCAAUUUGAUCCAGUUUCAACUAGCCAGUUUUUGGCACUUCAUCAGAGCUGUUCAGCAUCUGUGACGAUGAAGAAUAUCCUUCUAACAGCUACAUCUAACACCAGCAGCUCUCAGCUGGCAGCAUUAUUGCACCUUCAGAAUCAUUUAAAACAAAACAGAAACACGAGUGAUCUUCUAAAACGUGUGGAACAGCAACUGACUGCUACCUCAGUGGCAUGGAGAAAUCUCUGUAUUCCUGUCGAACAUUUUAAUAUAAUGGAAAAAUUGCCAUCUAAUUUCUACAUAAUUAUUCUUCAGCAUUCAGAAGACAGAUCACAUUUGUACAGCUCAUUGAUUGAGGUGCCAAAAGUAAGUACUGCGCAGCAAAGAGGAAAACCCACUCAGCCAAUGGUGCAAGCUAAAGUUUAUCGCUUUCCUGUGAAUCCUGAUGCAUUUUGCAUUUUGUUGGAGAAAGUGCGUCUUUACAAGCAGCGAAGGGUGAAGACUUAUGUUAAACAGACUUUCAUUCAAAACUUGCAAAGCUGUGUCUCCAAAACGGAUGUGACUCCAACAGAGAAAAUACAUGAUAAUGGACAUGGUUUGACAUCAGAUUUCUCUGAAAUACUAGAAAUGAUGGAAGAAUAUCUGAAACCAGUGCUGUCACAUGUUGAUUUUUCUGAUGUCAGAGAACGGAGCACACCAGUUUCAGCAGCUGAAUCAAGAAAAAUGAAAAUGAAAGAUCAAAACACCAAACACUCCACAGCACAGGGUACACCUGUGGAUUUAGGUUUAUGUGUGGUAUUACUAGGAGAUACAUUAUUUAUGGAAUUGCCUUUGGAAGCUCUGAGUAUCUUUAAAGAGGAAGGAGUAAGUUCUGUAUCCAGAGAUUUUUCUCUCCAGAUUCUGUACAAUCGAGUACAUCUGGCUAAGUCAGAGUCUGAAGUCAAAACAGAUGUUGGAAUAUCCAAAGGAACAAAACCAAAAGCUCAUCAGAAAAAGAGUGUCAAAAAGGCUCCAGGUAAUCAUGAUUUACCCUCUAAUUGCUUGCCUGUUGAUACAAAUAGUUUUAAAUAUAUCGUGGACCCCUACAAUGAAGGAAGAGAAGCAGAAGCUUUAAGUCCUUCCCUAAAAAUAAAGGAAAUCCUAGAAAAAUACCAUGACCUAUUUACACAGCAGUGGGAAGGAGUUAUUGGCAGCAUACAUGUUCCAAGCCAAGCUGAAUGGGAGCAGCUGCUGCCAAACUGCAGUGCAUUUCUGUUCUAUGGAAUGGAGAGAUUCAUGUCUCACAUUUUACUCAACAGACUGGUUGCUAUGAAUAUCCCAGAAUGCCAUUUGAUGAUACUUCUAGAUCUGGUGCGAUCCAAGCAAAGUCAUCAAAGAAUUACAAACUCUGAUAGCCACAAAAGUUGUCUAUGUAUUGCGAUAGAGAGACCAACAGAGUCAGCCAUGCUUCUAAGCCUUACUGGUGUUCGUUCUAUAAUAGCCAACCAGUGGUACACUACCUUGCAAGAGAAUGCGGAAAGGCUAGAGAUACUGUCUGAGAAUUUGUUGAGCAUUGCUAGAACAACUGGGCAGACAGUCCAUAGCCUUCAAAAGAGGAAGAUUAACAGAGACAGAGAUUCUGUUGAAAUGGAAGUGGAUUCUCUCAGCUCUCCUAGACACAAAGCAGAAGAACAGACCACUUCCUCAAGUCUUCCUGCAACUCAUCCAUCCUUUUUCAAUUGUGUGCUAUAUGGUUUACCCAAUAUAAUUAUUAUGUAAUUUGUGUCAGACUUUUCUUACUGGGAAUGCCACUACACUGUGCACAGGGCAAACUUGGCAUUUAAAGAUGUAGUAGAUGCUUUAUUCUAUAUGGCCUAAGGAGAGGUGAGCUUAAAAAAAGUGUACAUGUUGCUGAUAGACUGAUUUAAAUUUUGGAUGUAAGCAGUUCGAUAUUAGAAAAAGUGUCAGAAAAAUAUAAAAUACAUAGAAUUUAGAGAUUUCAGUUAAUACUCUGAACUCAAUGAAUUCCUAGGAGAAUUUGGUGAGUACCAACACAUUUUAAAGGAAAUUAGGCAGGUAUUUUUGGGCAUUGAUGCAUGAAUGGAAUAGGAAUGUAUUGUUGUCAGUUCUUCCAUUUGCAAAAACUUUUCCUUGAUGUAUUUUGUUCUUACAUGGAAGAUUUAACAGGAGCAUAGCUUAAAAAUGUACCAACUAACAUCAUUUGACUUGAAUCGAUUUUUAACUUCUUACGUAGCAGUAGUUGCAGGUUAAUUAG